CCCCGCCCCGCCCUCCGGCCACGUGACCCGCCUCCGGCUGGGCCAGGGGUUGGCGCUGGGGCGGGCGUGCGCGCGGGUGAGCCGCAGCGGCCGACGUGCGCGCAGCAGUCUGCACAGCGCUGCACCUGCCCGCGGCUGCCUCUGAGGAGCACCUCCAUCCUCGCCUGCUCCCGGCUUCCUUGCCAGGACAGGACACCUUCCUGCACCUCCUGGGCACUGCUGGGCCGUCAGUUAACGAGGGGCUGGAGGUGCAGCUGGACGGUGGAGGCCUGGGCUUAUUCGCCAGCACCACAGAGAGAAAACCCACCCGCGGCCGCCCGCCCGCCUCCUGGCUGAGCCGGUCCCUUCUCGCAGCAGGUCUCCAGGAGCUGCCCUGCUACCUCCAGGCAGGCAGGUGCCAAGCAUGCACGCCAGGUGGCCGCCCUGCUCCCGUGCCCUGACGGGGGUCUGCGCCCUCAUCUUCCUGGCCACAGCUGCCCUCCUGGGGCACGUCCUGCUCUGUGACUUCCCAGUGGAGGAGACGCCCCCAGCUCACUGGCCAGAAGCCAGCUGGCAAGGCCGCCGGAACACCCAGGAGCACCCUGGCUGGCCCAGAGCAGCACCCUCACAGUGCGCCAUCCGCCCGGACAGCCGCUUCGACUGUGCCCCGGACAAGGCUCUGACGCAGCAGGAGUGUGAGGCGCGCGGCUGCUGCUACGUCCCAGCCAGCCGGGGCCCUCGGGCCACCCUGAUGGGGCAGCCCUGGUGCUUCUUCCCAGUCGGCUACCCCAGCUACAGGAUGGAGAACCUGAGCACCUCGGAGGCCGGCUACACAGCCACCCUGACCCGCGCCACCCCCACCUUCUUCCCCAGGGACGUCCUGACCUUACGACUGGACGUGCUGAUGGAGACUGACAGCCGCCUGCAUUUCACGAUCAAGGAUCCUGCUAAUAAGCGCUAUGAGGUGCCCUUGGAGGUCCCGCGGGCCCACGGCCAGGCACGGUCCCCACUCUACAGCGUUGAGUUCUCCGAGGAGCCCUUCGGGGUGGUGGUUCGCCGGAAGCUGGACGGCCGGGUGCUGCUGAACACGACCGUGGCCCCCCUGUUCUUCGCGGACCAGUUCCUGCAACUGUCCACCUCCCUGCCCUCCCGGUACGUCGUGGGCCUCGCCGAACACCUCAGCCCCCUGAUGCUCGGCACUAACUGGACCAAGAUCAGCCUCUGGAACCGGGACUUGGCCCCCACGCCCAGUGCCAACCUCUACGGGUCACACCCUUUCUACCUGUCGCUGGAGGAGAGCGGCCUGGCUCACGGGGUGUUCCUGCUGAACAGCAACGCCAUGGACGUGGUCCUGCAGCCCAGCCCGGCCCUCAGUUGGAGGUCGACAGGAGGGAUCCUGGACGUGUAUGUCUUCGUGGGCCCAGAGCCCAAGAGCGUGGUGCAGCAGUACCUGGAUGUCGUGGGGUACCCCUUCAUGCCGCCGUACUGGGGCCUGGGCUUCCACCUCUGCCGCUGGGGCUACUCGUCCACCGCCACCGUCCGCCAGGUGGUGGAGAACAUGACCAGGGCCCACUUCCCCCUGGACGUGCAGUGGAAUGACCUGGACUACAUGGACGCGCGGAGGGACUUCACCUUCAACAGGGACGGCUUCGCAGACCUUCCAGCCACCGUGCGGGAACUCCACCAGGGCGGCCGGCGGUACGUGAUGAUCGUGGACCCUGCCAUCAGCAGCUCAGGCCCUGCUGGGAGUUACAGACCCUUUGACGAGGGUCUGCGGAGGCGGGUUUUCAUCACCAACGAGACUGGACAACCGCUGAUUGGAAAGGUGUGGCCCGGAUCCAGUGCCUUCCCGGACUUCACCAACCCUGAGACCCUUGACUGGUGGCAGGACAUGGUAGCUGAGUUCCAUGCCCAGGUGCCCUUCGAUGGCAUGUGGAUUGACAUGAAUGAACCCUCCAACUUCGUCAGGGGCUCUGAGCACGGCUGCCCCAACAACGACCUGGAAAACCCCCCCUAUGUACCUGGCGUGGUUGGUGGGACCCUGCAGGCGGCCACCAUCUGUGCCUCCAGCCACCAGUUCCUCUCCACACACUACGACCUUCACAACCUGUACGGCCUGACCGAAGCCAUCGCCUCCAACAGGGCCCUGGUGAAGACUCGGGGGACACGACCCUUCGUGAUCUCCCGCUCAACCUUUGCUGGCCACGGCCGAUACGCUGGCCACUGGACGGGGGAUGUGUGGAGCAGCUGGGAGCAGCUGUCCUACUCUGUGCCAGAAGUCCUGCAGUUCAGCCUGCUGGGGGUGCCCCUGGUCGGGGCGGACAUCUGUGGCUUCCUGGGCAACACCUCGGAGGAGCUGUGUGUGCGCUGGACCCAGCUGGGGGCCUUCUACCCCUUCAUGCGGAACCACAAUGACCUGCACAGCCUGCCGCAGGAGCCCUACCGUUUCAGCCAGGCGGCCCAGCGGGCCAUGAGGAAGGUGCUGGCCCUGCGCUACGCGCUGCUGCCCCACCUCUACACGCUGUUCCAUGCUGCCCACGUCAGGGGGGAGACCGUGGCCCGGCCCCUCUUCCUGGAGUUCCCCGAGGACCGGCGCACCUGGGACCUGGACCGCCAGCUCCUGUGGGGGGAGGCUCUUCUCAUCACGCCCGUGCUUGAGCCCGGGAAGGACGAAGUGACCGGCUACUUCCCUUCGGGCACCUGGUACAACCUGCAGCUGGUGCCAGUAGAGGCCCUUGGCGGCCUCCCAGCUCUGCCUCCAGCACCCCCCAGCCCUGCCAUCCACAGCAAGGGGCAGUGGGUGACGCUGCCAGCCCCACUGGACACCAUCAACGUCCACCUGCGGGCUGGGUACAUCGUGCCCCUGCAGGGCCCUGCCCUCACAACCACCGAGUCCCGCAAGCAGCCCAUGGCCCUGGCUGUGGCCCUGACCGCGGGCGGCGAGGCACAGGGGCAGCUGUUCUGGGACGACGGGGAGAGCCUGGACGUGCUGGAGCGCGGGGCCUACACACAGCUGGCCUUCCUGGCCAGGAACAACACCCUUGUGAAUGAAGUGGUGCACGCGGCCAGGGAGGGGGCCAGCCUGCAGCUGCGGACAGUGACCCUCCUGGGGGUGGACGCGGCCCCCCGGCAGGUCCUCUGCAACGGAGCCCCUGUCUCCAACUUCACCUACAGCCCCGACACCAAGACCCUGGCCGUCCCCGUGUCGCUGGCCAUGGCUGAGCAGUUCCGCAUCAGUUGGUCUUAGCGGUGGCCUGGCUCCUCCCAGGAGGCCGCUGUCCUGCAAGGCCCUGCUCUGGCUGCCGCCGGCCACGGGCAGGGAGUGCUGACCACGGCGGCACUUGGGGCCUGUGCUGGUCCCCCAUGUGUCCAGGUUUCUCCUGGACCUGUGCUUGUAGUGCUCUCAGGGCCCCUGAGUUCGGAACACAGCGAGGCUUGUCACCGUGUGCAGCUGACUGUCCCCAACAUCAGAGAAGGUGGUGCUCCGGAUGGGGACGUGUACCAGCACCAGGGCUGGCCACACUGCUGGGACUGCAGCUGAGACUCGAGAAGGGACUGAGCUGGAGAUGCUGGAGUCCAGAACUUGGACGCUUCCUCAGAAGCGUGACUACUCCUAAUAAAAGGGUCUCUGGAGCCAGCUCCUGCGUCCUGGGGCACGAAGGGAGGCAGCCACACUCGGAGGCCCUGGAGCGUCCCACUUCUCAGGCCAGCAUGCUCUGUCCCCAUGUCACCUCAGGCUCCCACAUGCCUCAUGUCCCUGUCACUUGCACAUCCCAUCACCUCACAUCCCCAUACCACCCUUCCUGUCCCCAAGUUGCCUCAUGUCCCCACAUCAUCUCGUGUGCCCACAUCACCUCAAGUUUGCUCUCCAUCUUGUGGUCCCUUGUCACCUCAUCUCCCAGUACCCCCAGCUCUUAGGCAGGAGAGGUCUGGCUGGGCCUGGGGCCAUAAGGUGGUGUGCCCCCGUGCCUAGGGCUGUGGACAAGAGGACCUCAGAAGGGGCUUCCCAGGAGUGAGGCCCAGGACCUCAGCCAGAGGCCAGAGACCUGUCCUCAGGUGACAGGAAACAUUUGGGCCCAGGGUUGGUCCAGAGGAAAGGAAGCCCAUUUUAUUGAGGCCACAGGUCAGCAGAAGUCACUGUGGUGGGCUGGGCACGCCUUCAGAACAUCUGUCAUGUGACCUGGUGGGCCGUGCCUACCUGUGUGGCCUCGGGGACUUGGAGUCAGAAGUGCAGCGAGUCCUGCACUGACCUGCAGCCCUGCUCGUCAGGGCUCGGGGACAUGUCCACAGGAGCAGAGGGAUCCUCGUGCCCCCUGCCACUGCCAGUGGGGAUCCUGUGGGACGAGUCACCUGGUACCAGGUGAUCAUGUAGCAAGGGGACAGUGGUAGUGCAGGUGCUCCGAACCUGCUUCCCAGGCAAAAUGUGGAGGUGAGGCGACCACGCCUGGGACCCCAGCAAUCCAGGAGGCAGGGGGACAGCAAGUACGAGCGCUGCCUCAGAAUAGAUUGUGAACAGGGCUGUGCUGCUCCUCCAUCAUGUGAAACCAAGAGAGCCCGGAGGGGCGCUGCGCCUGGGUCCAGUCCCAGUCCUGGGGAGAAAGGAAGAGAGGUGCUUUGGCAGGGAUGCAGGGGCAGGGCGAGCUGCCCACUGAGCACCACAGCCUGUUCCCGGGGAAAUCCCAUGGAGUGGGGGACGGGUCCAGGAAGGCCCUCCCUGUGUGCCCAUUCCUCCUAAAUGCCCAGAAAAAACAGGACUGGAAGGGGAAGAAUGGCGGGGAGCAGCCCCUCCCAGGCAGCACCUCCAGGCCUCCGGUCCCCAGCACUCUGCAUCUGCCAGAGCAGCCGGGAGGGGCCGUGGCAUCCUCACCCGUGCCACCACCCUGCCCUGAAGGGCAGCUGUGGCCACUGGCCCUCACAGGACCUGACCCUGCUUUGCAGGGUGCUGGGAAUCCAGGAGCUUGGCACCCUGUGGUG